CCUAGAUGGGUUUCGGAUGAAGUGUGGACCAACCUUUGUCGCCACUGGUCUUCGGAUCCGAAAUUCUUGGCCAGAAGUGAAUCCGGUAAGAAAAACCGGAUGUCCGAGAAGGCCUUGGAGACGCAGUGGCACGAGGGUCGCAAAUCCCAGUAUGCCCAUAAAGAAACUCUUGCUGGUCCUGAGAAGAAGAAGGUUAAUAUUCUCAACCUCGUCAAGCAUAGCUGGACAAAGCACGGCGAGGAAUCUGAAGACAAUCUGCCACCCCCGCCUCGCUGACUUCGAAUCGAAGUACAAUGAAUCCGUUGACAGGCAGCGUGCGGAGCGAGACUUGACCCAGGAGGAUGAGCUCGAUUCCGAUGCGGAUGAUGAGGCGGCCAUUGAGGCUGCCGGGGUUUACAAGGGUCGGGUUCCGUGCUUGGGGGCUGAGGGGCAGCGGAUUUUGUAUGAUCGAAGCACCGGCGCUUCCUCUUCUCGGUCAAGGUCGGGAGAAGAUCCUCGUAUGGCCCAAAUGCAGCGUGAACUGGCGGAGCACGAACGGCGAUGGGAGGAGCAGCGGAAAAGAGAGGAAGAAACAAAAGCCCGGCUGGAGGAGAUGGAACGGUUCAUGCGUGCCGGAUUCCAGCCUCCGCACCAGCCUUUUCGUACUCCGUACGUAUUCCACCAUGAGCAAACUAACUCCUCAAGUUCCGCACAUGGGCGGUAUGGGUUUUUUCUCCAACUCCGGAUACGGUGGCAUGCCAAUGAUCUCCCCGAAUUUCGGAUCUAUGUCCUUUGAUUUUGCGAGGUCAUCCGGAGGAGGUAGUGGUACACCAAGCCAUCGACCCCGAGGAGGAACCCGACCCGAUGACCCCGUGCAGCAGUCCGAAGACCC